CCCAUAUCUUUCCUUUAUUUUAUUUUUGGCUUUUCAUUCACGAUAUUUUCGAAACUGACCCGUCAAGCAAGCCUCGCCAAAGGGGCCAAUGAACAUUACUUGCAUGCCACCCUUCUGCGUUUACGAACUUGUCACCAUCUUUCUCUUUUUUUUCUCACAACACAACUUCAACUGCCACUAACCCAGAUUCUCGAAUUUCAAUUAUUUUCCUCUCUCUCUCUCUCUCUCUCAACUCAAUCCAAUGUCUUCUAAGAGGUCCACACAACAACACGUGGAACCCAUGCCAGUGUUUGAAACUUUAAGGAGGGUGAAGCGUUUAAGUUUAAGGUUGUUCGAACCGUCCUUGGUCGUUGCCGGGUUUUUACUAGUAUCUGCCUUUGUUAUAUGCAGCUUUUUCUACUUGGAUUACAGAGAACUCGCUGCAAGAUUCGGGUUCUCGGGUCAACCUGAGAAGUUUACUUGGUCGCAAGAGAAAAGAACAGGUUCAGUAGAGGAACGUGUGCAUAUAGUUGAAUUUCUUGGAGAAAAAGGUGGUGGGUGUGAUUUGUUUGAAGGUAACUGGGUUUGGGAUGAAAGUUACCCUUUGUAUCACUCUAAAGACUGUAGCUUUCUCGAUGGAGGAUUUCGGUGUUCGGAGAAUGGAAGACCCGAUUUAUUCUACACAAAGUGGAGGUGGCAACCCAAAGCUUGCAACUUGCCCAGAUUCAAUGCUACAAUGAUGUUAGAAAAACUGCGAAACAAACGCCUAGUGUUUGCCGGGGAUUCGAUUGGGAGGAACCAAUGGGAGUCACUAUUGUGCAUGCUCUCUUCUGGAGUUCCAAACAAGGAAUCAAUCUAUGAAGUGAAUGGUAGCCCAAUUACAAAGCACAAGGGGUUCUUGGUGUUCAGAUUCAAGGAUUUUAACUGUACCGUGGAAUACUACAGAGCUCCAUUUCUUGUGUUGCAAAGCCGGCCUCCUCCUACAACUAAUGGAAAGAUUAAGACAACCCUGAAAUUGGAUCAAAUGGAUUGGUACUCUUCGAAAUGGAGACAUGCAGAUGUCCUGAUUCUUAACACAGGACACUGGUGGAACUAUGAGAAAACCAUAAGAGGGGGUUGUUAUUUCCAAGAAGGUAUGGAAGUAAAGUUGGAAAUGAAGGUAGAAGAAGCAUAUAAGAGGUCCAUUGAGACAGUGUUGAAAUGGAUACAAAAUACAGUAAAUCCUGGGAAGACCCAAGUUUUCUUUCGUACUUAUGCCCCUGUGCAUUUCAGAGGUGGAGAUUGGAGAAAGGGUGGAAGCUGCCAUUUAGAAACACUGCCAGAGCUUGGUUCGUCAUUGGUGCCUAAUGAUAACUGGUCACAGUUCAAAAUAGCGAAUUCUGUGAUAUCAUCACACAGAAACAGCAGUGAAGUUUUGAAGUUGAAGAUAUUGAACGUAACUCGGAUGACAGCUCAGAGAAAAGAUGGGCAUUCAUCCAUAUAUUAUCUAGGCCCGAAUGCGGGCCCCGCACCUUUCCAUCGCCAAGAUUGCAGCCACUGGUGUCUCCCUGGUGUGCCAGAUACUUGGAAUCACCUACUCUACGCCUUCUUCCUAAAACAUCAAACUUCUCUUAGACGCAACUAGUAAUGCUCAAUGCCCACCAUUUUAUUUUGCUUAUGGAUGUAAAGCAAAAUCAAUAUACCUAUUCUUUCCUACGAACUCCAUUUCUUACUUUUGCCUAUAGAUUAGAGUGGAUAACGGACAUGUAAUUAUCCAUUUUUGUUUAUUGUUCAAUUGUCAAUAUAGUUAUACAAAUUAAAAUUAGCAAUAUUAUCGUUUUCA